AUGGACCUUACAACUUUGUUUCGCAAUCUUCGUGAAGAAGUGUCUUGUUCGGUGUGUUCGGACUUAUUCACGGAUCCUAAACAUCUCUCCUGUCUGCACAGUUUCUGCUUAAAGAGUUUGAAAGGAUGGUACGAAACGUGCGGCGGCGGAGACGCCAUUAGAUGUCCGAAGUGCCAAACCCUCAGCCAAGUUCCGGCAAGCGGUGAUCUUAAAGACCUUCCAACCAGCUUUUAUCUUAACGGCUUAAUCGAUGUUCUUGCCAUUAAAGAAUACAGCAAGACGCAAGUCAAAUGCGGAAACUGCGACCAGAAGACUUCAGUAGCAUCGUAUUGUUUCCAGUGUUGCAUAUUUUAUUGCGAAGAAUGUUUAAUCGGUCAUAACAUCAUGCGAGACAAGAAGGAACACCGCGUUUUGGCCGUAAAAGAUUUUCAAGACAAGGACUAUGAGGAUGUAUUAAAGCGACCAGUAUUUUGUUCAAGACAAGGACACCAAAAGAAGAAGCUAAAAUUAUUUUGUAAGGAAUGUGAGACAGCAGUCUGUCAAACUUGCGUAAUGCUAGAUCAUAAUGGUCAUAAGCUGACGCUGAUCGAGGAAGAAGCUGAGAAUCAAAGACUCGAGAUUAAAACUGUUAUUGAAACACGACGACACAACUUAGACGAAAAAAUGAACGUUGUCGCUAAGCUAGAUGAAGAUUACGCUAAAGUGAUUCAUCAGAGCGAGACUUUAAAGGGCAAUGUCCAAAAAUUUGCUGAUGGGUUGAUAAAAACAAUUCAAGCAAAAACGCAAAAUAUUAUUGACGAGGUGGAAAACCAAACGAAGAGGUCAAUUGAAAGUUUAACAGCAAAAAGAGGUGAGAUUCAGCGUCAGAUAAAUGUUAUUGAAUCAUCUCUGGAGGAAGCUGAUAAACUUUUAAAACGAAGCACCACCGCAGAAGUUGUUCAGCUUAAAAAAACACUGCAGACAAUUUUUCAAGGAGUUGAUCAAACCGAGCCUAUUGUUCAUGACCCCGGUAGUCUGAAAGCUUUUGUUUUUGUAGAAAAUCAAAAGAUGCUCGAUGUUGUCAACGCAGAAGACGUUGGAUCCUUGGAAGAAGUGCACCGAACAAAACCAAGCGAAUCUCUGGCUAAAGAUGAAGGACUCAAAGAAGUCAUUGUUGGGCGUAAAGCUCAAUUCAAUUUGAUCACAAGAAACGCAGAGAGGAAGCAGUGGUACGAUGAACAGGAUCGUGUUACGGUAGAGUUCAAGGACGAGCAAGAACGUGAUUGCGUGAAGGAAGUGAGAAUAGACGACAACAAGGAUGGCACUUACAGCAUCACUUAUUUUCCCAGAGUUCAAGGGACAUUCAAACUUUUAGUUAAGGUAAACGGGGAACAUAUUCAUUGCAGUCCUUUUACUGUGAUAGUAAAACCAUUUCAUGUCCAACCUGUUUUAUCUUUUGGAAAGAAAGGCUCGGGUGAUGGAAUGUUAAAUAAUCCUUCAGGGGUGGCAGUGAAUGAUAGGGACGAAAUAGUGGUAGCAGACAGUGGAAACAAUCGGGUUCAAGUGUUUGACAGUAAUGGUACUUUCUUAAGAUCAUUUGGCCAGGAAGGUCAAAAUGCUGGAGAGUUCAAAAACCCUAACGGAAUUGCUAUUAACAAGGAUAGAAAUAUUUUCGUAGCCGACAAUCGAAACCAGAGAGUACAGAUCUUUAGUUGGGAGGGGAGGCACCUGAGUUCAUUUGGCGAGGAAGGAAUCCUUGAUAGACAAUUUCUUAGUCCUCGGGAUUUAACCUUAGAUAGUGCUGGUAAUGUAAUUGUUGCUGAUGCAGGUAACAAACUAAUUAAGGUCUUUACCCCGGAUGGUAGGUUUGUAAUGAAAAUUGGUAGACAGAGUUCAUUUAGUUGUAAUAUGAGCUGUGUUCAGUGUGGUGAAUAUUUCAUAGUGUCAGACGCCUCUGAACACUGUAUCAAAGUAUUUAACAGGGAGGGGCAUUUUCAGUACAAGUUUGGUAAGUCCGGCAAAGGGGACGGGGAGUUUAGUUGGCCAUGUUUUCUGUCAGUGACUCAGUCAACGCACCUGUUGGUUUGUGAUGAGAGUAAUCAUAGAAUACAAGUCUUUGAACUAGAUGGAAAGUUUGUAGGUAAAUUCGGUACAAAAGGCAGCACGUUAGGAGAAUUUGAUGAGCCACGCUCAGUAGCUGUUCUAAGUAAUGAUCAAAUUGUUGUGUCUGAUAAAAAAAAUAAUCGAGUUCAAAUAUUUAAAUGAAAUCUGACCAUUGUUCCUAGAAGAGUAAGAAAGCAUCUCCAUCUUUAUUUCAAUUUCCAAUCUGAGAAAGGGCACAUCAUUUUACUGGAUUAUACCACUUAAUCAAAAUUUGGUAUUUUCAUUAGAGUUUAAUUUUGAACGUUUCGCAAACAUUUUUGGAAGUUAGAAGGUUCGCAUAAAUGGGUGCGCCUUGGAGCAUUGUCUCGUCUGAUUGCUUUAGUAUCGAGUGAUACGAGUGAGUCAAACGUAGUUAUAAGAGGAUGGAUAGAGCAACUUGGCUAAACUUUGUUAUUUUCCAGAAAGAAAGGUAAUUAGUUAUGUAAUAUAAAUAUACAACUGAACACUAUUGUCACCAUUGUGUUUUGACUUAACCCUUGUGUAGUCAGUAUAAGUAAUCCUUGAAGACAUCUUUGAGAAGGACAAUAUAGACCUCAUGUAAAAGCUUGUAACAGUAUAGGCAAGUUAAGUCACAUUGUAAUAAAAAAAUGAACGUUGUCAUUGGCAUAUAAUUGUCCGUUUACAGCAGAACUCGUAUGCUUCGAACCUCACAAUACCCAAACAUAAAAGUUGGUCGUGUUCUAAGCGCUAACUAGAAAAAAAAAAUCAUAAAAUGAAUCAAGCAAUUAUUCAUCCAUUCUAUCAUCUACAAGACCAAGAAUAAUACAUUAUUUCACGUUCACGAGAGAUACUUAGGUAGUCCAGAAAUAAACAGCUAGCUCCCCCUGUUAGCCACCCUUGGAACAGGACUUUUGUAAUAUCUUUGAGAAGUCAUCGUGACUGAGGCUUGCGUACACGUGGAAAGUAACGUCCAGAACUAGCAUUUUCUUUUCGCGCUUUUGAGGCAAACAAAGGACAGAACGAGGCGGCAGUGGAGCGCGAGACGAACUCGACGGAGAAAGGCGCCCUCCUCGCGCUCGCGCUCUUGGUGGGUUCUUAUCAGAGCCUCACCCCAGCAGGUUUAUUCGUGGGAACCGCAGCUUAAUCAACGCUGGGUGAACCUUGCAAUCGAUGGAAUGGAAUCCCGUCCAGAGGGAUUAGAAAUAUUUCCAUUCAUGCACUUCAUGCCACAGAAACUGGGUUAAGCUCUGGUCUAAGAACACACUUUCUGUAGCCCAAAUGCAGACUAUACCUUUAUUCUUAGUUGUUCUACUAUGGGUUUUUGAACGGGGUGUAGCUUUCCUAUUGUCGAUAGAUGUAUUGUAUAUUUCUGAGUAUACCCAUGAGGCCAUUUUAAAUGUGCAAGAAUAUAACAGUUUUGAAGGAAUAUGAAGAAAACCUGCUGAAAUAAAGACAUGCUUUUCACUUCUGGGCUGAGAUGGGGUCCCGGGGAUGGGGUGUAUAACUGGGGUAGCAAAUUAUUUGAAUUUGUGCGUCUUUGAAGGGGUGGUGGUGCCAAGCCCCAGCGGAACAACCACACCCAAGUUUUCCAUGAGAACCCCCGGGAAUGAAACCAUUUCUUUCACUCAGCUUACCCGAUCUUUUUUCUUUUCUCUUGUCCGCUUUAAGUUCGUUUGUGUUUCUUUUUUAAUCUGGUUGAUGGCACUAUAGCUAGGAAGAAAACAGUGAUGGUGGGGAAUAGGAUGGGAUGGGGGCUGUUCUAAGAUUGAACAUAAAAAUAGCAAGCAUUCUUCGACUAGUUGUCGUUCCGGCUCAAGUAAGAAAACUUUCAUGCGAUCAAUAGCAGUGCAAUACCAAAGUUAUAAUGAAGAGGUUUCAUUUGAAUGGUCUUACUUUUGUGUAGGAUUUGGUUCUCAGACUCGAAAGUCCAAUCAACGUAACAUGUCUAUUUUCAUUAAUUAUAUUGAGUAACCUAUUCUAAAUUAAAACACCUUCACUAAGUGGACAAACUUAAAAAGGGAUUGAGGACAUUAACUGACUUGCAAUAACCAUAUCGCAUUUCCAUCAACUGAAAAUUUAGUCGUGCAGUAGUAGCUGACGAUUGGAAUCAUUGUGCCCAAGUGUUUGACAGUAAUGGUAAUUUUCUAAGAUCCUUUGGUCACAGAGGUGAAAAUCCAGGGGAGUUCUACUACCCUAAUGGAAUAGCCAUUGACAAAGACAGAAAUAUUUUCAUAUCAGAAUGGGGUAACCAUAGAGUACAGAUCUUUAGUUGGGAGGGGAGGUACCUCGUUUCUUUUGGCGGCAUGGGAAGCCUCGAUAGUCAGCUCAAGUGUCCUCGGGGUUUAUCCCUAGAUAGUGCUGGUAAUAUUAUUGUCGCUGAUACAUGCAACAAGCAAAUUAAGAUUUUUACUCCGGAUGGUACGUUUGUAGUGAAGAUAGGUGGGCAGGACUGUUUUACUGCUCCUUUUCACUGUGUUCAGUGUGACGAAUUAUUAAUAGUGUCAGACUAUGCUCAAAGUUGUAUCAAAGUAUUUAACAAGGAGGGGCAGUUUCAGUACAAGUUUGGUAAAAAGGGGGAGGGGGACGGGGAGUUCAAUUAUCCACGUUUGUUGUCUGUGACUCAGUCAAAGCAUCUUUUGGUCUGUGAUACUGGUAAUCAUAGAAUACAAGUCUUCGAACUGACUGGGAAGUUUGUAGGAAAAUUCGGUACAAAAGGCAGCGAAUUAGGAGAAUUUAGUUGGCCAUUUUCAGUAGCUGUACUAAGUAACGACCACAUUGUUGUGUCUGAUUUGGGCAAUCAUCGAAUUCAAAUAUUUGAAUAA